AAAUCAAAUAUUAACUAUCGCUAUAAUGAGAUUCCAAUUUGGCAAUAAGAGAUUCUACAACAGAACAGUCUCUCAAGAAGUCCAUUCCAUUCGAAUAAUUUUUGGUCUUGGGAACAUCAUGAAGUUAGUGAUAUGGCUAUUGAUGUUAGGAGUUCUAAACAUAUAUGUGGUUUUUGCUAAACCAUCAAAAUGUGCCAUCGAAAAUAAUAUAGGAAAGAGGGACAGAAUCGAAUUGAGUAAGAAUCCCUACAAGCCCUCUGAAAAAAUAUUGUGUUUCCUGAAAUGUGACUAUGAAAGAACGGGAGCUCUAAGAAUUGAUAAAACAGUGGAUGCAGAUAAGGUUGUGGAACAUUUGAAUGCAUGGAGAUCUUUGAAGCUAUCUACAAAACGGAGAAUCAAGGAAUGCGUGGAAGAAGUGAAAACUCAAGUAAAUAACUGCUACGAUAUCGAACCAUAUUAUCAUUGUGUUCGAAAAGCUAUUCAACUAGAGGUAAGAUACGAAAUGAAUCAUUUAAUGCCGAAGAUUGAAAAUGAAGAAUGA